UUCUACUGACAGAUUUUCUUGUUCAUUGUUCUUUACACAUCGGUGAAGUAGAAGCUGUAAAAUAGUUUAUAUAAAAUACAGCUAAACGCUGUGCUUAAAGGCGUUACCACUUCGUUGCUGUUUUAGUUUCCGCUUCAUUUUCUGAUCGAGAUUAACGAGAAAAAUGCAAACGCUGCAAUGCUCAGUAACUAUGAGGUGUUCAAACUCCUCACAGACCUGAAGGAACAGAGGAAAGACAGUGGUAAGAAUAAACACAGCAUUGGACAGCAGAACCUCAACACCAUCAUGUAUGAGACACUGAAGUAUCUGUCAAACACACCAUGCAGCAGACAGAGCCCUGAGGUUGUCAAGGAGUUCCUUACCACCAUGAUGCCUCACAAACUCACAAAGGCAGAAAAACUGCAGCUACUGAACCAUCGGCCACAGACUGCUGUGGAAAUUCAACUGAUGGUAGAAGAAAGUGAAGAGCGUCUAUCAGAGGAGCAGAUACAGGAGCUUAUCCAGACAGUUUCAGAUGUCCUUCCAGGUGACCCGGAGCAAGAAAACGCUGCCACAGCAGACACUGAGAUGGAUGAAGGAAGUGAGCAGUCAUGACACAGUGACACAGGUCGAAACUGACCUGAAUGUCGAGCACUGGAGAUAAGGUGGACAUAUUGCAAAAAUGGACAGCUUGAACUCUGCUAGAAGGACCUAAUUGUUUAUAGUCACUUACUGAUCUGAUAUGUUAAUAAACAGGGUGAACCAAGAGUUGAUCUAAAAAAAAUAACUGAAACGUGUCUGUCUAUUUAAAUAAUGUGGUCAGCCAUGAGGGCAGCUAAUAGCUCAACAUCUGCUUUCAAGAAGGGAUGUAGAACAUAGCACAUUGCACAUUUUGUUUUCUCUAAAUCUUGUCCUUUUUUUUUUAGAUUAUUUUAGGAAAAUAUUUUACCAUAAUCAUUACUGUAAGGCAAAACCUUUCACAUCGGUUUGUUUCUGAAACCACUCAGACGUUAACACAGGUUACACCCAGCAGGUUUCAUAUACACAAAAUCUUCAGCUCGGGAUUAACUUGUUUUUGAGCUGCUGUGCCACAGAGGAGGAAGGAUGUGCUGGUUAGACUUUGUGUACCUUUCUGUUUUUGGUUUCCUGUUAGAAUAUUAGAUGAGUUUCCUGUGCUUACUGAUCAUAUUGUAGAUUUGGGAUACCAGGGCAAAGUACAAGUCACAGCGACUGGGGUUAGACCAGCACUAUGAAAACACUCAUUACUUGUGCUUAAAGCUAAACACUGGAACUGGUGUACCUCAGAAAUCUUUUUAAAUAGUGUAUAAUCGUUCUGAUUUGGAGAGAGUAUAAACUAUAACAUAAAGACCUUACCUAUCUUCCAGUGUAUUCCUACACAAAGCUGCUUAAUUACCAUUACAACCUGUAGUUUUUUAUUGUAAUGUACCUAUAUGUUCUGUCCAAAUUGGUAAAAUGAAAAAAAGAAUAUGUGUGCAUAUGUGUUCAUUCCC